GCAGCAGAACAACAAAAUAGCAAAAUUCUUGAUUUAUGAUAUUUGGACUUAUAUAUAUUUGAAACAAACUGAUACUGUUUUUUCUUUGUGCGAAAAAAAAAACAUAUAUUGUUAGCGUUACCUUUGGUCUUUGUAAAAACAAAAACCAUCAGAUUAAUUGAAAUCAUGGGCCUCAUUUAUAAAAUGUUGCAAAGAACCCAUACUAAAUUUGAUUACGAUUGUCUCUCAAAUAUGCGUACAUGCGAUUCAUAGAAUGAACGUUCGCAAAGAAAACACACGUAUGCGUCUCUUUCAAAUGAAUCGCAAAUGACUUGCGCGCAACUGAAUGGUUUCAGCUCUCUGCCUUAUAAAUGACUCCUAUUAAUGUCCUUAACUUAUAAAAGAUCACCAGUCAUCGUGCAAAUUAUUUCAUUUAGAACAGCGAGCUGAAAGAAUAGCUCACAUUUCCAAAAACCUGCAGUACUCCAACAAGAAAAAGUGCGUAUGUCUGUUCAAACCCUGACGUGAUACCAAGCACUUUUCCACGUCAAAGACAGUUUUUACAAAUAUGAGCCCUGGCGUGGAUUUAACUGUAUAACACUCUAAGAUCAAAUCACUUUAUAAAUGAGGCCUCUAUUGCAGACUUGUUAGAUCUAUAGUCAGUAACUCACCAGCAGAGCUCACUGUCUUUAUACAUUCAGACUCGAUUACUGAUUGGUUAACCAAUCUUUCACAAGUUAUUGUUACUUUCAGUAAUAUCUCUCUAUAUUAACCUUGCUGUAUUAGUUGUUCGUGUUGUAGCCGACAUAAAGAUGUCACGACAGGAAUGGGUUUUCUGCAGUGACACCGACCUGAAUAGAUGCAUAUGCAUAAAAACACAGAGUCCGAGUUGUUAAUGAGGGCAGUAAACCUUGGGCCUGAGCUCGUGCCUGUGGUUUAUUCUGCUUGGUACACUGUAUGUUUGAAGCACUUUGUGUGGGUGAGGUGUGCUUUCUUACAUCCGCAAAGGAACUUCAUGAGAAGAACAGACAGCAAAACUGAAAUGAGAGUCAGACUGAAAGUGCAACUUAAGUAAUAUGGUAACCACUCAUCACUCAGGAUGAUUUUCUUUCUUCUGUUUACGCUUAUCUUCUUCAUCUUUUCAGGUGUGUUUGGUGCUGCUGAUACAAAUCAAAUAAAGUCUAUAUCAGUGAUGAGGGGAUAUUCUGUCACUUUACUCACUGAUAUUACUGAAGUACAGAGAGAUGACCUGAUACUGUGGACAUUUGGAUCAAAAGACAAUCUAAUUGCUGAAAUGCAUAAGCAAGUUGACUAUGUGUACGGUAGUCAAGGACAUUUCAGACUGGAACAAAAGACUGGAUCUCUAACCAUCAGAAACAUCAGACCUGAACACUCUGGACUUUAUGAACUAACAGCCAUCAACAGCGGAAGAACCUCAUACAAGAGAUUCAGUGUUACUGUCAGUGAUACUUUGGAAAUAAAUGUCGCUUACCUGCCAGUUCCUGUCAUCAGCAGAGACUCCUCACAAUGUUCUUCUUCAUCAUCAUCUUCACAGCAGAAUUGUACAUUUUUGUGUUCAGUGUUGAAUGCGAGUCAUGUGACUCUCUCCUGGUACAAAGGAAACAGUUUAUUGUCCAGCAUCAGUGCGUCUGAUCUCAACAUCAGUCUCUCUCUACCUCUGGAGGUGGAAUAUCAGGAUAAAAACACCUACAGCUGUGUGGUCAACAAUUCAUUCACUAACGAAACUCAACAUUUGGACAUCAGCAAACUCUGUCACACAUGUGCAGCCCUAUGUUGCAGUUCUACUGAAGCUGUGAUCCGAUUGGUCAUCUCUGCUCUGGUGGGCGUGACUACUGUCGCUGCAGUGAUUUAUGACAUCAGAUCUUAAAGAGUUCAAUAAGCCAGGAAUACGAGGACACCAUUGCAGCAUUCCACUUUGGAGCUUGCGAUUUAUUAUUUACAUUUUUUCCUUACAAAUUAGUUUGAUGAGGGGUAAAUUAAACUCGAUCUGUGGUGACGUAACAAUCAUGUUGCAUUGCGGCAUAUGGAGCUGCCUGAAGUGUCGAGGGUCUAUCCAUAUAGUCUUCCGAAAAGCGAAGUAGAACGCAGCCCAACAGGUUUCUAAUCUAACCUCAGAUCAUAAGAUCAGUGAUUUCAAAUGUCUGUCAAUCUCAUUGCUUGCAAAUGUUUAUUAAAUAAAAUUAAAUAAAAUUA